AUGGACUAUAAUAGGAUGAGUUCCUUUUUAGAGUACCCACUUUGUAACCGGGGACCCAGCGCCUACAGCGCCCCAACCUCCUUUCCCCCCAGCUCAGCUCCGGCCGUUGACAGCUACGCAGGGGAGAGCCGCUAUGGUGGAGGGCUACCCAGCUCAGCGCUCCAACAAAACUCGGGGUAUCCUGUCCAGCAGCCGUCGUCAUCCCUGGGGGUGUCCUUUUCCAGCUCCGCUCCCUCGGGGUACGCCCCAGCUGCCUGCAACCCCAGCUAUGGGCCUUCUCAGUAUUAUUCAGUGGGUCAGUCGGAAGGAGAUGGAAGCUAUUUUCAUCCGUCGAGCUACGGAGCCCAGCUAGGGGGUUUGCCCGACAGCUAUGGAGCGGGCGGAGUCAGCUCAGGGCCAUAUCCUCCGCCGCAGCCCCCUUACGGAACUGAUCAGACGGCAAACUUUGCAACAGCCUACGAUCUCCUCUCUGAGGACAAGGAAUCAUCUUGCUCGUCAGAACCCAACACUCUCACUCCCCGGACCUUCGACUGGAUGAAGGUCAAGAGAAAUCCACCUAAGACAGCGAAGGUGUCCGAACUGGGACUGGGCGCUCCCGGAGGUCUCCGCACAAACUUCACCACGCGCCAGCUGACGGAGCUGGAGAAGGAAUUUCAUUUCAACAAAUACCUGAGCCGUGCCCGGAGGGUGGAGAUCGCCGCCACCCUGGAGCUCAAUGAAACGCAGGUGAAAAUCUGGUUCCAGAACCGGCGCAUGAAACAGAAGAAACGCGAGCGAGAGGGGGGCAGGGCGCCCGCAGGCCCUCCAGGUUACCCCAAGGAAGCGGCCGGAGACGCCUCCGACCAGUCUGCAUGCACCUCCCCAGAAGCCUCGCCCAGUUCCAUCACCUCUUGA